CUUGGUAGCGCAUGGCAUAUGGCCGCGAGACGUUUGUGUCUAGUUGGUUAAUGGAUAGCACAGUGUCUUCUGCUGUCCUUUAGUUGACGUUUUACAUAAAUUCUUUAAUAAAUCCUUUAGAAAUGGCAACUUUGGAUCAUGUACUUCCUACGGAGGAAGAAUUGACUGUCGAGGAAGUAAACCUCGGCACGAGUUUAUUGAUGGCAGGAGCUAACCACUUGGGAAAGUACUGCGAAUAUCAGAAUAACGAAUAUCUAUUAUGCAAAAGUGAAUUGAAAGAUCCCCGAAAAUGUUUGAAUGAGGGAAAAGCUGUAACUGCUUGUUCAUUGGAGUUCUUUCGUAAUGUGAAGAAACUCUGUCUCCAAGAAUUUAAUCAGUACGCUACCUGCAUUGACAAGUCCAGUAGCUCCUACGACUACAGUGUCUGCCGAAGGACUCAAUCUGUCUUCGACAAGUGCAUGCUCGAUGAAAUGAAUUUACCAAGACCAUCGUUUGGGUACUUUACUGAGGUGAAAGUUCACAAUACAAAAAGACCAAAGCCUGAGCCAGAACCGAUACCUCAUUAUCCAGAUACACCUGCUCCAGUACCAGAAGCUGUUAAACCUAAAUACGGUCAUCGUGGAAUAUUCCAGAGCUAAGCAACUGUUCAUCAGUCAAUUGGUAAAGCCCAGUUUAUUACUUUAUCUUGCGAUAAAAUUGUGAUCCGACGAUCGGUCGCUCUUCUGAGUGCAGUAUUCGAUGCGAUCCGAUCUGAAAGGAUAAACUGUCGGCGGGUCGUAGAAAUAUAAAUCGUUAAUAAAAAUGAACGAGAUGUAUCAGAUUCA